AUGGCACAAGGUUUAUUAUUAAAAAAAAACUCUUCCUCGUCGUUGCCCAUCACAAAAAAAAAGACCCGCACAAAAAACAUCGGUCCAAAGAAAGGUGCACGUGUAAUAGCACCAAAAAAACAAGGGAAAAUAAAACAAGAGGCUAUUCGUAAGAAAUUGACCACAGCAAUCAAUAAGGAUAUUGAGACGAAAAUGGCGAUACGUGCUGCUUCUGUUGGUGGUGGCAAACAAUUUAGCAUUGUAAAAAUUGAUGACGCUGAUGCGAAAGAAUUAAUAAAACGGCGACAGCAAAAUGGUGGGAAAAAGAAAAAUUAG